UAUAAACCUAAAUUUGGAGAUAUUAUAAAAUCAAGUGAUUUAAUAAUCUUAUUUUCUUAGCUUAUUUUACUAAUAAAUAAAAUUACAAGCAAGGCAUUUCAACAUAUACAUUAAACAAUCUUAUUAAGCUGAACCUCUAAAAAUUUAAGAAUAGAUAUUAUAAUAUUAAAACACUGUUAUAGCUCUUUUAAAAAUGCAUUCUCAGAGGUUUAUAGGAAUGUAUUCCUAGUUAGACAUUAAACUUAUAAUCUUGUAAAUAAUGACAAUGUAGUUUUUAUUCUAUUUAAGCUAGCUAGUUUUACUUUUUAUAUUCAAUUCAAUUUUUGGAAAGCCUACUCAUAUAGGAUAAAUAUUUGAUUUUUCAAUAUACGCAUCUUCUCCAUCAACGCCUUAAUUAGCUUAUAUUAGCUAUUUGACAAAUUUAUUUAACAUACCCAUAGUUAUUGUUGGCUUAUCGAAUAUUAUUGUAAAAGCAAAUAAAGUACUUGAUUUUGUAUCUACAAUCUAUGGAUAUCAUUUUAUAUUCUGCUUCUUUUAUAAUGGACCUUUCUUUGAAUCAUUUGAAAUAAAAUGGCUAAUUAUUAAUGGACUUAUACUAUUAGUUACAGUACUUGCUGGUGAAUAUGUUUGCAUUAAAUUAGAAUAGCUAGAAAUAAAAUUUUUAGAUAAUCUUUUUGUUGCUUUGGGACCCUCCAAAGAAACUUAAAGGAAAAUAAAAUAGUCAAGCAUGAGUGGACAUAACCAUAAGUUUAUAGAGAUGAAAGAUGUUGUAGAAGUGUGAAAGGGAAACAACCCUAUUUUUUGGAUUCAGAGUAAUUUCAAUAAAAAAUUAAUUAUUUAUUUAUUUUAGUUGAACAAACUUUCAAAGCUUUUGAGAGUACUAACCAUAUUUUAUAGCUAUUUAUAAGCAAAAAAAACUAAAUUAUUUUUUAUAAUCGUCCUUUUAAUGUGUAUAAUAUAUAUCAUUCAUUAGUUUAAUUUUGUUUGAAAUUAUUAAAAAAUUAUUUU